AUGUCGUUCCAGUCCUCCCAGACCCACUCGCCGAUUGGCCAAUUCGAGGCAUUCCACGCUAAGACCAGCUUUGGCGUGAACACGAGAUGCGAGGUUUGCAAAAAUGCAACUAACAACCCGUCGAUUUGGGGGCCCAUCUCACUGGUGAUCUGUGAACGUCGGGGCUGUCAGGCGCGCGUCCCUGACCGUUUACCAGGUUUUUCGUCGGUUCCUGUAGAUGAACUUUCCCGUCUCGCCUUCACGCCCUUUUUCCUCCGCGACCAUAGGGCAUGGUACCGCCUCUCCGAUGACAAAUGGUCGUUUGAAGCAAUGCAAUUAGGUUUGCCCCAUAUCCGCCAAGUUAAUUGCGACACAGCGGCGCCGUCCGCGUAUGACCAAUGGAGAGAGCAGUAUCUGGUGGCGCGUGAGGCUUCGACAGAACGAAACUGGAAAAUUGCUCAAGAGUUUUGUCAGGCAGAGUUCAACCGCAAAGAUGAUCCAUUUGCGCUGCACUGGCAAACCGAUGUUAGGACCUAG